UUCAGUUGACUGUCAGCUGAUACGAGUGCUGUUGAAAUACAUUCAAAACAUUGCUUUCAAAACACAAAAACACUUUUAAUUUGCAUUUAAUUGUUAUAUGUUUUACAAAUUAACUCAUUAUUUGUUAUUCAAACCUAUAGUUUCGUAUUGAACUGCCAUUCAUUUGUCAUAUAAACAAGGUUUGACAGUCAAACUAUACAAAGGUGAGAGACAAUGGCGUUAAAGAGUGGUCUGUCGAUGGCCUACAAGAGUCUUAUGAGACCAUCGGUGGUCAGUCAGACACGACUCUACUGUCGGCCAUUGAGUGCUGUGGCCACGGAUGAGAUGAAAAGCAAAAUCGACAAAUUGGUGGCCAAUAAGAAAGUGGUUAUAUUCAUGAAAGGAGAUCCACAACAACCCCGGUGUGGCUUCAGUAAUGCCGUCGUCCAGGUGCUUCGUAUGCAUGGCGUUGAUUACGACGCUCACGACGUCCUGUCAUCCGAAGAGCUGCGGAAAGGCAUCAAAGAGUACACUUCGUGGCCGACCAUACCUCAGGUGUUUAUGAAUGGCGAGUUUGUGGGCGGAUGUGAUAUACUUCUGGAGAAACACCAAAACGGCGAACUCAUCGAUGAGCUCCAGAAGAUUGGCAUCAAAUCGGCGCUUCUGGAGAGCGAGUUAUCCAAAGAUAGUACAGACAAGUGACACAUCUAUUUGUCAAUUGAUUUUCAAUUAUUAUUUUCAUUUCAUUUAAUCUAUAAUUUUGUUUUUUAAUUGCAAACUAUUUUACCAAAUAUUUGGCCAAAAUUGCGAGUCGUUUAGUUUAUUAGAUAAUUAGUUUCAGAGACUAUUUUUUGCCGGUA